AUGGUCGAUUCUUCUGUAUCUGUUUAUACGACGCUGGCGGACAUUUUUCUUAGCAGAAUUCCGGAACGCGAGCGCUACUCUUCUGUUCGUGAACUUGCCUCCAACGUCGACAAUACCUCACUUGGACUUGUCGCCGCGCUCGCCGAUUCAUGUCCGGAUGAAGAAGCCAACGUGCAUCUAAAUGAGUUUUUGAUCAGAUCAAUUGAACAGGAUGAAGCUUCUCCGGCUGCAGCUCUGUGCGUCCAAUAUCCUCGGAUCCGAAAUGCUUUAUUGCACUGGACAGAUCGCGAACUUCACAUAUGCUUCUCACAACUUCUACGUCAACCAGAAAACACUGAAUUUGUCGUCCCGGUUGAGAAAAUUUUGAUCGUUGAUCCAUUCGUGUCGCACUACGAUCCUGAACUCGGAGUUGAUCGCCAACUCGAUGAACUUGUCAAGACGACAAUCUUGUACCUGAGCUUUGCCAAACAGCUCUUUCGAAGUCCUAUCUCUGACAAGACAUUCACUGUCUCGAGUCCGAUAGUCAGUGCUAUAUUUGGUCUUCUUGCAUCUUCGAACGCGGACAUCGCAACUGCGGCCAAGGAUACCAUUCUCGCUUUCCUGGCCGCUUUCAAAGCUGGUACUUUCACGUUCUCGCACUACAAGACAGAUCCGGAUGAGUUAGACAGACAUCUCUGGCAAUGUAUUCGUAACCUAUUGGACUUUAGCGAGCGGAGUUCAUACAAGACUACCGCAUAUACUAUCUGGUUACGAUGGCUUGAUCUAGACAGUCACGGCUACUCGCGUCAAGUCGCUCUACAGAAGGACUCUUACUGGAAGUACCUGCUUGGCACACUCGGUCAAUCAUCUCAAGGAGACACUGAGCAACGAAAGAUAUGUCUACAUGUCCUCAAGAAAUCCAUCUCGAUCUCUCGCAAUAACAUUCGCGCCAACGAUAUGGAGUUGAAAUUGGACCAAGAAGACAAGCCAGGAUCUCUAGUCACUGAAUCUCAGUAUGCAAGAUUCUGUACAGUGUAUGAGACAAUUGUCAUCGGAAGAUACCUCAAUCAGGCAUUGGAGUGUGUACAGGACCUGGAUCAUCUUGCUUCCGCAGAAACCAUGGUCCAGAAGUCAUGGCUCUUUGCUUUGCUUGAGUCUUCACUCUCACCAGUUACUCAAGACAGCAUGCGUAAGAUGUUGGGAAACUGGCUGAUGAGCACUGACGUCAGACUGUUCAGUCAUGCUGAAGAGUUCGCGACGUUAUUGCAGAAGUCGUUCCUUCCAUGGGCCACUCAAGGUCCUUUGUUCACUGGUAGUGUUCAGGGAAAGACGAGAAACAUGAAGUGUGCUCAUGGAACAAGACUGUCAAACUUCUUGGAGCGGCUGCUACAGGUCCAUCUCAGCCGGGAUGAUGCGUACUCAAGAAAAUGCAUUGUCAAUGCUGUUCUGACAUAUCUGGAUACCAACAAGAACAAGAUCGUUCCUGUCGCCGUCAUCUACCUGCUUCAGGGCCUGGCCAAGGGUCUCAAGGGAGAGUCUACAGCUUGCAUGGAAGGCGAGGCACUAGAGCUGAUUCUCAGUCUAUCGAGAAUUACGGGCUACCCUGAAGUUGCACGCGAUGCAAUGCUCGUACAGUGCUACAAGCUCUCAAAACUCAUCAGUCAGGACGCAGAGACAUACGGAGAGCUUGGUACAGAAAAGCUUACUGCGUCCGACGCCAAGCUCGAGGUUCUUACCAAGCAAAUCGAAGCUUUCAAGAUCAACACUCCUUCGCGAUUUGAGACUGACGAGAAGAGAUCUGCCAGAUGGCAAUCCCUCGAUCAAUUAUUGGAUGAACUCGACAGCUCCCGUCAUACGAGUGUACAAGGCAGUGGAUUGUUGAUGGCUUGCGAAUCAUUGAUAGCAAUCCUGGACAAGGCUUCUGGCGAAAGUCUAGAUGCUCGAAAACUAGACAGAGCUUUUGAUGCUGUUUGGAACGAGAUUGAGAGACAAGACUAUCCUAGAGAUGUCCUCAUGUUUUUACCUCGUCUGGCUUUACACCCCGGGUGUGUCAGUCACUGUCUUGAGGAUGAAUCGCUAUGUGCCACGAUCUUGGAAAUCUUCACUCAACUUCAGCGUCUCCAAAAGGGCAGGAUCUAUCUAUGGACGCCCAUCAUGAAGGCAUACAGAACAGCUAUGAUCGUUUGCCCUGCUGCUGCGGAAUCAUUUGGCUUGAAUGAAUUCAUCACGCAGACGGCGAACAAUCUCCCUGCUGCAAGGCUCGAGUUCAAGCUUGAAGCCGCUGCCAUUCAGCUGUUGACAGAGGACAAAGACAUCCCUCGCAGCUACAGCGAUUACUACGGCGAGUACGAAGAAGUCGGACACGCUGCUUUCUUCGAUCUUGUCAACCGGUUGAACACCAUCGACUCGGAGUUGGUCAUUGACCUCUACGAUAGUCUGCUCAAGCCAUGGACAAAGCAAAAGCCUCCCGUACCUAUUGUCACUCGAUGGAAGACCAACACACAGCUUCAGGUCUUGCUUAUGCUAUCCGAACAGCGUCUCCAGACUGUGUCGGCUCAAGAGGCGGAGCAGCAGCUUCGCGUACUGCUGAGAGUGGUCGCCAUCGAGCCGCUGCCAAGAUAUCGCUUUUUGCUGGAGUGGAUCAUCGCUCGAGUCAUUCUCAAUUUCCCUUCGACUGGUGAGCUCGUACUCGAUGCGUUAUCAUCAAAAGACCACCAUUCGAACCCGAAGUAUUUGGGAACUCUCGUCAAGAUUGCCUUGAUGAUUGCUUGCCAAGAUACCUGCUCUCGCGACUUCGCAGCUAGGGUAGCAUAUCGUCUCGUUGCCCUUGCUUCCAGCGCGAAGAUUAUCAUCCGUCAUGAGGCACAAUGGUCAUUCCCUAUUUUGUGGGAUUACGCUGACAGCCGAGGCUGGACAGAGAUCAAGGAUAACCUUGCUUGUGCUGCCUUGAACGAGUAUAUCCGUAGUCUCGAAAGAUUCGCAGAGCCACCUGCAGCAAGAGAGCUUGAGCGCCUCGAUCCUGCAGCUGAUAAUACCCUCACAAAUUUGCUUCAGGGCAAGUACUUGCGUGUCGAACCACCAGGCGAAGAAGCCGUUGUGUCUGGUGACUUCCAGCGUUUGUGGGAGCAAGACACUAUCACCAGAUCAACCUUUGAAGCCCUCCCCUUGGGUUCUCAACCCUCCACUCCCACCGAAAACCACGCUCUCCCCUCCGAACCAACACAACAACAAUCCAAAGAAUCGGCCCGCACAGAAGCCUUCGCUGCCCUCCAAACAAAGGGAACAGCCUACCUCUCCGCCUCUUCCUCCUCAGACUCCCCUUCCGACGCCGCCACGACUCGUCCCACUUCCCUCAUCGUUGUAGGCUCUCUAGUAGACAACGCAUACAAUCUCGGCGGUCUCUCCCGUAUCUCCGAAAUCUUCGGCGCGCAAGCAAUGUAUAUCCAAUCACCACAAUCUGUGCUCGGUAAUAAGGACUUUGUCUCCGUAGCCGUGGCAUCGCAAAACCAUCUGCCUAUCCACGAUUUACACAGUGACAACUUGUCUGAGUUCCUCACGGAGAAGAAGACGCAAGGAUACACUGUUGUAGGUGUAGAACAAACAGAUCGUAGCGUCCUGCUUGGCUCAGAGGAGUGCAAGUUACCCGAGAAGACCCUGCUGGUCAUGGGCAGAGAGAAGGAAGGUGUACCUGCUCAUGUCCUGGGCGAGUGUGAUAUGUUGGUGGAGAUCCCGCAGAAGGGAGUCACGAGAAGUAUGAAUGUGCAGACUGCAGCAGGAGUUGUGCUCUUUGAAUACGCUAGACAGCAUCAAGGGUGA